GCGCGCUCGCCGCGUGGACGUUGUCUCCCCUGCCCGGAUCGCGGGACGGAGGGAGUUGGUCCAGGAGCCCGGUACGCGGCCGGGACAUGGAUGCGGUGGUCUUUGCUGAUGUGGCUGUGAACUUCACCCGGGAAGAAUGGGCUUUGCUAGAUCAUUCUCAGAGGAGGCUCUACCGAGAUGUGAUGCUGGAGACCUGCCGGAACCUGGCCUCCGUGGAUUGUUUCACGCACAAAACCAGUGGAUCAUGUUCUCAGAGGAAUAUUUUAGUGAAAGAAAUAUCCAGUGAAGAGAAAAUUGUAAGAUUCACAGGAAAAGAUUUGUGGUCUGUGUUUGAAGAACCCUGGACAUUACAUAACGUUGCAGAUCAGCAGCAAAUGCAGGAGAGGCCUUGGAGCCAUCGUUUUGUGCAGAGACCCUGUGAAUGUAACGGAGGUCGUCAGUGUGGAGACACUGUGACUCAGAUCACAGAUCUUCCUGUGCCUGGGAGAUGUCCAACUGCAGUUAAACCCUCCGGAUGUAGCAAGCAUGGAAACACCUGCCUGGAUCGUUCUUUCCUGAAGAAUCAGCCCAGCUCUCCCACUGGAAAUGAGCCCCAUUCCUGUGAGGAAUGUGGAGAAGCUGGCAGGUGUGUCCCGUGUCUCAGCACUCCCGGGGACACGGACCUUGUGGAGAAACCCUGUCAACGUCAGGAUGCAGGGCACGCAUACAAGCGAAAUGGGAAGCGUCUCAGUCAUAAAAACUCCUUUGAGUGUGACAAAUGCAGAAAAGGUUUCACUUGCCCCUUCUCCUUUCGGAGUCAUAUAAGAGGUUGCCGUGGACAGAAAAUCCAUGCAUGUAAAGUGUGUGGGAAAGCUUUUAGGUAUUAUUCCUACCUUACACGCCAUUUUAGAACUCACACUGGCGAGAGGCCCUAUGAGUGUAAGCGUUGUGACAAGACGUUCAGUUGUCACUCCUACCUGCGAGAACAUGUGAGGACGCACACUGGGGAGAAACCCUAUGAGUGUAAGGAAUGUGGGAAGGCCUUUGGUUGUCGUAAAUACUUUAGAAGACACAUGAAAACGCACAGCGGAGUGAAACCCUAUGAGUGUGCAGAGUGUGGGAAAGCCUACACUUGUUCCUCCUCCCUCCGAGAGCAUGUGAGGACGCACAGUGAGGAGAAGCCCUUUGCGUGUAAGGUGUGUGGGAAAGCCUUCAGGCAUUCUCGGUAUUUUCAAAGGCAUGUGAGAAUGCACAAUGGAGUGAAAGCAUAUAAGUGUAAAGACUGUGGGAAAGCCUACAGUUGUUCCUCCUCCCUUCGUGAACACGCGAGGACGCACACUGGGGAGAGACCCUUUGAGUGUGAGCACUGUGGGAAAGCCUUCAGUCGUCACUCCUCCCUUAGAGGACACGUGAGAAUGCACAGUGGGGAGAAAUAUGAAUGUGCACAAUGUGGUAAAGUCUUCCGUUGGUCCUCAUCCUUACAAAAACACACAAGGACGCACUAUGAAGAGAAGCCCUAUGAAUGUCAGCAGUGUGGCAAAGCCUUCUGGUAUCCCACCAACCUGCGAGCACAUGUGAGGACACACACUGGAGUGAAGCCCUGAACACAAAGACUGUGGGACGCCUUCAUUCUCCCUUAAUGCCUUGUUGUAAAAUUGAGGAAACAUACUGGAGGGGAACCUUAAGAGUGUAAAGAACGUAGGGAAACUUUCAGAUGUAGCACUUCACUUAUUUUGUACAUGCAAACUCAGAACAGGACUGAAAUCUUUUAAUCACUAAAAUAUGAUUUUGUCUUUGUAAGUGUGCAUCACGUGCCGUUGAGUCAGUUCCGACUCCGUUGACUAUGAAUGAACCCGCAGUUUCCUGUCCCUACGGCCGUGCUCAGCCCCUUAGACACAGGCCUAGGGCUUCUGUUAUGGACUUAGUCAUCUCUAUCUGGUCUCCUCUCUUACUACUGCCUUCUAUUUUCCCAGCAUUAUCGUCCUUUCCAAAGAGCCCAGCCUUCUCAUGAUGUGCCAGAAGUAGGACAGCUUUAGUUUUGUCAUUUUUUGCCCCCAGUGACGUUUCAGGCUUAUUUUGCUCUAAGACCCACUAUUUUGUCUUCCUUGAAGUCCAGGGUCUCCACGCGCUCCCCUCCAGUGCUUUAUUUCAAAUGAAUUGAUAUUUACCUGUCAGUUGUCUUCACUGUCCACAUCUGUACAGAGUAACUGGGAAUCUGAGGGCGCGGAUGGUCUUAGCCUUGGUCUCCAAUGACAUGUCUUUGGUCUCGGUGAUCUUUCCUAAUUCUUACAUUGCUGCCCUUUCGAGUCUCAGCCUUCUCUUGAUUCCUUAGCCGCAGUCCCUGAAUUGAUGACUGUUCCAAGGUAGCACAACCCUUAACAAUGUCGGCAUCUUCAUUGCCUGUGUCAGUUAUUCCUUUUGUAGUCAUGAUUUUUGUCUUUUUGAUAUUCAAAUGCAGUCCUGCUUGUCUCAUUUCUAUUACAAUGUCUUUUGGACCCAGAAGUGAUAGUGGUUUUUGUUUUUUUUUUGUUUUCUGUGCAACUCGACAUAAUAUUAGAUGAAAAAAAAUUGAUUCCUACCUUCCAUUAUAUUUCUAGUAUGUGACCAUGAUUUAACACUUGUAUUGUUGAAAUUUCUUUUCUUGUCCACUGCUGCAGAUACUCAAAUUGUUUGACUUGAUAUUUACCCUCCCCUUUUGUUUUCAUAACUGAAAAACGUGUCUUCCACAUUUGUUGCUAGUUAGUAGUCAUUGAAAUAUUUUGGAAGAGGACAGUCUCAUGUGAUUAUGUUCAUAAUUUGGUCUCUGCUCAUUGUCCUUGAUUUUGGUUGGACAUUGGACAGGAUGCAUUGAGUUAAAAAGAGAGACCUUGUGGCACGAAGAGGAAAGCUGGUGUCCAGAAGGUUCUACUGAAUUGUGUUGUCAUCUUGGAUGAGGUGGGAAACUGUAUCCCAUUGUCUUUCUGGUUAUGGUUCUGAGGUGAAGGUCACAAGAAGAGGAAGUUGCAUGAGGUUUGGAAAGUAGAGCUGACGAAGCUAUGAUUCAGUUCUUCUGAACCCUCAGGAGACAUCGAUGCAGAGGAGCCUAGUGAGCCUGGCUUACAGCACAGUUUUCUGAGUCCUGGCUCUGUCCAUCUGGGAUAGCCCCCAACCAAACCCGUGGCUACUGUUAAUUCUUGCUUAGGCAGCAGAUUGCACUGACUUUUAUCGGAGCUCCCCCAUCAUGUACCCUCUGUGGUUUUCAGGCUCCCACAUGUUUUCGUAUUUUCCUGUAGCUCUUUUGUGCCCAUCAGGCCACUUCUAGAGGCCAUCACGCUGAGCAUUCUUCUGUCAUUUUUUUUGUCUCCCUCCUUCUCUGUUUUUCCUAAUAACAUGAUUUUUACAGGAAGCAUCUUAUUCCUCUAAUAGUAGAUCUGUUUGCUGCCUCCACCAUGGUACUUUUAACACCGCAGUCACAAGUUCAGGACACUUACCUCCUUGGUUAUGUUGUUGAGAGGCUGCACUGACCCAGUGUUUCUCUUUUCUGGAUACUUCCAGGACUGAAAUAAGCAUUUGUGAACAUUUUUGGCAAUUUGUUGUUGUUGUUACAGCUAAAUUCUCUCUAAAUUAUAAACCUAGUAUGUCCAAUUACUUUCCAUUAUUUGUAUGUGAUUCAAAACUAUACAUUUUUGAUAUAGUUUUCUACAUUGUUUCUUAUGAAGCUAUUAUUACCUAGGUUUUCAAAUCAGUUGCAUACUAACAACUGUUACUAUGUUUUAUGUUUCAUUAAGAGGAUAUGUUAGAGUGUCCCAUUCUGGAGGAUUAACUUAUUCCUGUAAUUUUGUCAAUUAUUUUAUAUAAGGUUGACAUUACCAAUUCCAAUAACUCGCCAGAAUAGCACAUUAAAAAAACUAUCUCAGAUUAUUUCAGUAAACCCAGAAUAAAAACAUUUUAUACUGUU